GUCAGUCAGUCAUUAGAUUGUCGACACUGCCCCAGUGUAACUAAAAUUUUGAUAAGCUAUAACUUCUUUUACAAGAAGAGUUACAUUUUAAUAAUUGGGGAACUACUUUAAAAUAUUGCGAAUUUUAGUCUAUGUACGCGACAUACAUUUGCGCGCGAUAGUUUUUCCGAAGUUGAGGUGAAACGAAGCCGGAGGUUACACUAGGGCAAAUCGUCGUGUAAACCUUCAUUUUUUAGUGGAUUUUCUCCAAAAUUGGACAGAUGUGGGUUUGACGCAAGCCGCGUCCGUCCAUUAGUAACCAGCACUUUCCAUUAACCUUGGGUCAGAGUUGUGUAAAGAAAAUAAAAUGCCUGAAACUUUAACAGUUCUUACCCGACCUUCGAGGCCCAAAUGAGCCACCAUUUCAGCUGCAAAGACUUAGCUAAAAGUAAUUUUGUGAUAACUCCCUCAAUUUUCAUGCAAAUGACCUGAUUUUUGGCAUGCAUGUUAAUUUCUACUUGUACUACCAGCUCACUAAAGCUCAGAUUUUUUCUGUAUUGCUUGUCCAUUUUAUUUUAACUUUUUCUCCAAAAUGCCACGUUACAAAAGGGCACAUGUGCCCGUGUGUAACCUGAAAUGUGCCCUUAUGUAACAUCAGAAACUUCAACUUCUUUUUGGCCUCAGUAACUAGGCUGAACAUUGACUAGGGAUGGUCAUAAGUGGCUAAUCUCAUAAAAAACUGGCUUAAAAACGCAAAACAGACCAUGCUUUGCGCAAUUUUUUUACCUCCAUUUAUUUUAAAUUCCUCGCAUAUUAUAUUUGCUAAAUAAUUUUAAAACAUUAAAAAGUUGUCAUAAUAAAGUCUCCUCAGACCUCUCAUGGAAAAAAAAUGUUGAUGUAAAAAAAUUAAUAAUUUUUUUGAGAAUUAUGAAGAACGUCCACUUUAUACAAGUUUCUCUAUCGGUUAACAGCGGGAGGCACCGCAAUGCAUUGUGGACUGUGCGCGUCUCUUUCUUGUCUGUCUAUAUUAAAGCUUGACGUAUCAUCAGGAAACGAAGGAGAGGAAUACUUCGAAAGGAUUGCCUUUUUGUGCUAAGAAAGUUUAUUGGAAUGGAAAUGGAACCUGAAGUUGUUUCGGUAGAGAUGGAAUGUUUGGAUGGUGGGAAUGCUGGAAAAGAGGUGGAUGGUGGAAAUGGUCGAGAAGAAGUAGAUGUUGGCAGUGGUCAUGAAGAAACGGCUGGUGGCAAUGGUCAAGAAGAGAUGGAAGCUACUGAUUGUAGAAAUAGCAGAAGUGUGGGUGGGAAAAGCCGUAGGGCAAAGCACAAGUGCCCAUUCACUGCUUGCAAUGCCAGUGUCAUCCACCUUCCCAGGCACAUGAAGCAGGUGCAUGGGUGGAACAAAAAUGACUCGGCUGCUGUUCUGGGAACAUUUGACUUGCGAAAUGGUAAACCAUUGGUAAAGAAAAGAGAACACCCAAGAAAAGUAUGCCCCAAACAUAAAUGUGGUGCCAUCGUUAGGCGGAUACAUAACCAUCUUGCCCAGGUACACAAAAUGAAAAGAGGAAGUAACGAAUACUUGAAGUUGGUGAAGAAGGCUGAGAACUAUUUACCUCCUGUUAUUGACAUCAGUUCCUCGGACCAAUCUUCAGUGGACAGCGAUGGCCUUGAUCAGCCAGGAACCUUGCAGAAGAUGAAAAAGCCAAGCUCAUCAAGAAAGGUUUACCAAUCUGUGUAUGACAGUGAGGAUUCUGAAGACUAUAAUAGUUUCUUGAGUUCUGUUGUUAAGAGUGGUGACAAGAGAAGUGAUAGAGAUGGUGAUGACAGGGGUCAUGACGAGGGUGAGUGUGGUGGUGAUGUUGAUGGGGACAGUGGUGAUGAAGACGGUAAUGGUGGUUUUAGUGGUAAUUGCAGUUAUAAUGCUUUUAGUGGAGGCAAUAAGAAGGGUAAUUGUGAGGAUGUUGAAGAUUAUGUGGGUGGAGAUAUUGAGAAGAGGGAUGAUGAUAAUGAUGGUGAUAAUUAUGGUGAAUGUAGUGGUGAUAGAGUUGAUUGUGAUAUUGGUGGCAAGUGUGGGAAUGUUAGAAAUGAAGGCAAUGAUGAUGGUGGUGAUAAAGGUGGUGAUGUUGAAAAUAUUGGAAAUGAUGGUGAUGGUGAUCAUGAUGUUGAUAGGGAUGUUGGAAAUGAUGAUGGUAGUUACAUUGAUGGUGACAGUGGUAACUCCAGUGGCCAGGUUUCAUCAAUUAGUAUCGAUGACAAAGUGACAUUAAGCAACUUCAAAGAUUGGUUGGGGGGUCCAGAUGGUGGCCGUAAAGAUGAAAAAUGUGCAAGACAGUGUAUGCGACAGGUGGAAAUGGUUAUGAAGUUCAUCACCCCAAAUGCUCCGUCAAUAUCAAGCCUAUUGUCCAAGUCAUUGCUUAGAGAUAAAUGGCUAAGAAUCAUUGAAGAAGAGAAGAAACCUGGUACUGUGAAAUCAUAUCUUGGGUCCCUUAACCAAUUCUUUAUUUACAUGCGUACAGAAUGUUCAGCCAGAUUUGAUGAGAUGAAUGUAAAUGAGGGAAAACUUGUUAGUCUAUCUGAACAGGUCAAGUUAUGGGCCAGGUCUUCUCGGAAGAUGGCCCAAAAUCGUUUUUGGGAAAAACGUGUAGAGGAUUUUGAAACCUUAAAGACGCCAGAAGAGGUAAAGCAGUUUGACAUUUCAGAGGUUGCACGGAAGGCAGUUAAAGUACUUGGGGAAUUCCAGACAGAUCCCGAUGUCUCUGUGGUAUCACAGGCAGAAUACACCAUUGUGCGAGACUACCUCAUGACUCUGAUUUGUAUUAACAAUGGCAGCAGAUCGGGUCCAAUUGCCAACAUGACCAUGGAGGAAUUUCAAAAUGCCACACAGCAAGAUGACUGCUAUGUUGUUAGGGUGAAGAAGCACAAGACGUUUACCACCCAUGGGCCAGCACACCUCGUCUUGUCGUCGUCGAUUCAUAAUUAUAUGAAAGUGUUCAUUGAAAAAUUACGGAGAUGUAUACCAGAUGUCAAUGCAUGCCAACCCAUAGUUUUUUUGAGUUACAGAGGCACCCCACUAGAUUCAUCCCAAGUUGGUGCCCAAAUUGGCUCAUGUUGGGGCAAGGUGUUUGGGAAAAAAGCAUCUAUGGGUGGUGCAACUUCAUUCAGAAAGGCUGCGGUUUCUGCCGUUCAUGAGUGCAAUGAAGAAAUGCGAGGUGACUUAGCAGAUCUCAUGGUACAUAACAAGACAACGGCGGACAAAUAUUACCUGCUAAAGAAUAAGGGAAAGUCUGCAGUAAAAACAUCCAAAGAACUGUCACGCAUUAUGCGUGAUGGCUCUGAGAAGACAGAAUCCAGUGAUGGUGUGGAGAAAGAAGAGAAUAAAGAUCAGGAACCACCCGAGAAAGACGCUGCCACAUCAAGCGUGGUCAGUUGUCCCAGGCACAAGUGGUCAAGUGAGGAAACAGACUUAUUAAAACAACUUUUUGCUACCCAAAUCCAGAUGAAAAAGGUAUCGAUGGAAGACAUUCGGGAGCUUUGCAAGGGUCAGCAAUUCCUUGAGAAAAUUCCUCCUUCCAAGAUAAGAGAUAAAGUCCGAACCUUAUUUAAGUUGGGCGAAUCGUCCCUCCCGCCACAAGAGAAGGAGUCUACAGAGGAGAAACUCAAACGUUUUGGCAUGCCAAUUGCUAGUGCUUGCAAAGAGAAAGGCAGCAAAGAUACGAAAGAGAGACCCUCCGAGGACAAUGAGGAGGAGGAAAGCAGAGAAGAUGGUGAAGAGGAGAGCAGCCAGUACUCACGUCCAUCAUCAUCAUCCGAUGUAGUUCCUCCAUCGUCACGUUCCAGAGGUGGACAAGAUCGCUUGUUCAGUGAUAUGGAAAUGGUGGAGUUUAGAAAGUUAUUCUCUGCAGUCAUUCAUUCGGACAAGCCAAUCACCACCAAAGUUGCUGUGUCGAUGUUGAAGAAGAAUAAAGUUUGA